GAAAGAGGUUCCGCGUACCCGAGGCUCUGCCCGGUGAGGGGCUGGGCGUGUUUCCCGCGUUCCUGGGAAUCGCUCCGUGUCUUUGUGUCCCAAGGAGUCGGCUGGGUGGGAGCCGCACUUUAAAAAAUACUCCGAACGUCUUUCCUUCCUGCGGGACGUAGGAUGUGUCGCAAGGAUCGCCGGAGUCUCGGCGUUGGGUUUGGUUGUUAACGUGCUUCUGGUGCUCGGGACGAGGAGAUCGGUUUGCUUCCUGGGGGAAGGUGUGAUCGCUGUAGGGAGCAGAGCGCUGUGCCGUGCUGCGGGUUGGGAAGUCAGAAUUAUUUAGCGACCGCAGUUCUGUAGGCAUUUUGUUCUGAUGUGUGUGCAGUGUUUCUGACCUUAGGACAAAAUUAAACAGAUCAGUUAAAGCCGAAGUUUGAAAAGCAUCUGGAGAGAGUUCAGGGUGCGGGUUGCAUGAAAGGUGUAGAGCUUAAUUUUGCAGACUGUAAUUUGGCACGGUCGGAAUAUGGGAAUAUACAGAACAAGAGGCAUGUUAGACUGUAACAGAACAGGCUGUUCAUCAGCUGAGUGCUGGGGUAAAAGAAGGCCUCACAGGCUCGUGGUGUGAAAGAUCCUGUCAGGUUUAUGCUUCAAAGCAGAAGCAUGCUUCUAUAUCUGCAACAAAACCCUUCAGGUCUGCUCCAUUGUGUUUUCAGUAUAUAUGACCAUAUACAGCAUCAGUGGUCUGUCAGCCUGUACACAGGUAUUGGUGCAUUUAGUAAAGUGUGGCCUAAAGCAAUCCGAAGUGAAGCAGGUAGCUGGUUUUGAGCCUGUUGACUCUGAUGUGCCUUCGAGGCAAGAGGUGGAAUUUGUGCUUAAGUUUGUCAAAAUGUCUCUGGAAUGGGAAGCAUUUCUUACCAAGUCCUUGUCGAGCUGUAAAUAGUUCUGUCAUGUGAUGCUGAUAAUUCUUUAGGGCUCUGCAUUUGUUUUUCAAUCCCAUUCCAGAGUUACUUUUUUGCCUUAGUUAAAUGAGUUCUCCUGAGUCAGUAAGGUAGCAGCUUCGUAGGAGAUGUGAUGUUGCUUUUGCUGUUAGUGCAGUUUGGUUCCAUUUUCAGAGCAAGUAAAUACUAUACAGGUAAGCACAAGGUGACUUUUCUGCAACUGCUUCUGCUCCCAUAGAAAGGGAAAUAAAAUAAAUCUGAACAAUUUAGUGCAAAGCAGUGCUGCCAUAACUGUUAACAUGUAGAGUUACACUGCGGUAACUGUGGCAGCAUCCUACAGGGUUGCUUUUUUUACCAAGGCAGGAAAGGAGUUGAUGUAUACUCAGAUAAGCAGGGCAACUCCUUAAGGUUUACAAGUUUGGGCCUGAAAGAAAAACUCUGAUGUGUUUGUGGUCUUCCUUUGAGAUCACAGCAUUGCUACUGGCUUCUUAGGGGUUCUUGGAAGUCCUUUGCUGAGUUCAGACCUGCAACCGUAGUCAUUUUUCCUUCAUUUUUUGUGCCCCUCCUGAUUGUUGGCUACUGACUUAUUGCCAGGACCAAUAGAGAGUACCUUGUGAGGGACUCUUUUCUGGGACUGUUCUGGUCAGUGGUGGCAGAAGCUGCUCAUAGGAGCCAUCACUUGGAUGCCUGCUGGAAUCCAGACAGCUGGGAUGCUUUUUUCACAAUGGGUCAGCCCUGGAAGACCCCUUUUGACAGCACAGAUUGGAAUUGCAGCAGGAAGAAGCCCACACAUGUGACAGUGAACUGCUGGUUUUGUAAUCAGGACACAGUGGUGCCGUAUGGGAAUCGCAACUGCUGGGACUGCCCCAACUGCGAGCAGUACAAUGGCUUCCAGGAGAAUGGAGACUACAACAAGCCCAUCCCCGCUCAGUACAUGGAACACCUUAACCAUGUUGUUUCAGGUGCUACAACUUUCUGUGAUCCCACCAAACCACAGCAGUGGGUGAGCAGCCAAAUUCUGCUUUGCAAGAAAUGCAACAACCAUCAAACUACAAAGAUCAAACAGCUCGCUUCAUUCUCACCGAGGGAGGAGGGCAAAUAUGAUGAGGAGAUUGAGGUGUAUAAGCACCAUCUGGAGCAGACCUACAAACUGUGUCGUCCAUGCCAGGCUGCUGUGGAAUAUUACAUAAAGCAUCAGAAUCGGCAGCUGCGGGCUCUGCUGCUCAGCCACCACUUCAAACGCCGUGAGACAGACAAGACCUAUACUCAGAAUUUGUGUUCAUCUUCCUCCACUACUUCCAUAACUACACCAGCUCAGGUGAUAUUUCUGCGGUUCUUGGCCUUCCUCAGCUGUGCAUUCCUGGUUCUGUUGGCCUUGUAUGGAUCAGGCGACCCCUUCUCGCUCAAUGCUGCAGUCCCUGCUCCUGUCUCUUCUAGUCCAGCAUCUGUUCAGAACAGGACUGGCACCAGCUCACAUGCAGACUUGGGAAAUGACACUUCCAUAACGGUGGCAGGCUGGCAGGAGCUGCUCCACAUGCUCCCAGAACAGAUGGUGGAGAACCUGAGCGCUGCAUGGGAUUACGGGAAGAAUCAUCAGAUGGCAGUUGCUGUUCUUGGGUUGUUCACCUGCCUGCUAGCAAUGUUCUUGGCUGGGCGGAUCAGGCUCCGAAGAAUUGAUGCAUUUGCUUCAGUCUUGUGGUUCAUAGUGAUGAGCCUGCAUUUAGCUGAGAGGUACCUGAAGAUGGAAACACCCAGCUGGCUAGAUACGGCCAAAUUUGGCACCACGUCCCUAUGCUGCUUGGUGGGCUUCACUGCAGCAGUGGCAACGCGGAAAUCAACGGGCCAGCGGAGAUACCGGCCCCGAAGGUACUUCUCCGGGGAUUCAUUCACUCUGUUUCCCAAUGGCACUGGGGCUGGCUUCCCUUCCUCUACUACGUCUCUCUUUGUCCCAACACCACCCAGUAUUCUCCAGCUGACAAACCAGCAGCUCUUCAGGUCCCCACGCAGAACUUCUUCUUCCUCUCUUCCUGGACGUCUCAACAGAGCACUCUCUCUGGGUACCAUCCCCUCCUUGGCCAGAGCAGAUUCUGGCUACUUGUUCAGUGGAAGUCGACCGGCCUCGCAGUCAUCUCAGUCCAAGGAAUCUCCCACAUCAGAGCACUUCUCCCUGCUGUCAGCCAGCUGUGCUCCCUCACGCAUCCCCUCUCCAGCACCAUCAGUGGCUGGCUCUGUGACUUCCAGCUCAGGUUCCUUGCGGUACCGCCGGCCACUCAUCAGCCCUGCCCGACUGAACCUGAAAGGACAGAAGCUGCUGCUUUUCCCAUCUCAGAAUGAGGCCCUGCUCACCCCAACCAGCUCAGAGGCGCACACCCACUCAGACAGCAACAUCUUUACAACUGAGCUGUCCUCGUUUCCGAAAAAGAACCUCAGCGAGCGGGGAAUGCAUGAUAUGAGAUCUGCCGUGGAAGGAGGCAGUGUUUGCAGCAAUAAUUCCAUCAGAAAGGAGGAUCACUCAUCACACUCAUCUACCUGUGUGGUAGAUACAACUACCAAAGGGGAAGAUUUGGUGGGCUGGAGAGGUCAUUUUGGUAACUCCGCUCUCCGAGGUCUGCUGGCAGUGAGUCUGACUCUCAAUGCUAUCUUCACAUCAGCCUAUGUCUACCGGAGCCUGCGCUGAUUUGUGCCAGCACUUCCUUUCUUACUGGUCCCACCUGCUUCCAAGAAGACUCCUUGACCAGAUGAAUUCAACCACGGUUUCAUCUCUAAUAGCCGUGCCACUGGUGCAUGCUGUUGGUUUUCUUUGUUUUGUGUUUUUAUAACGACUGUUUAGUCAGCUGUCAUGACAAGGAACCCUAUUGGCUGCUGCCAUCACUUCCAGGAUUGUCCCUGGAGCUGAGCAGAACUCUCAGAAAGCCCUAGUUCAAAGCCAGAGGCUGUUCAAAUGUUCCAUACGCUUUCUUUCAAAUGAACUGAUCUGAGACAUGAGCCUGAAAAGGUGUAAGCUGCACUGUAAGGAAUGUCCCCCCAGCUCUUUGUCCUGACAUACUAACCUCAUGCUGACGGUGCUGUUAAAACUAGAAUUAGAACAAAUGAGCUGAGGAGGACACAGCAUAGUAGUUGGUGCUGGGCUUUGUCUACAGUAACAGCAUUCUCAGCCUCUUUGGUCAGUGGUUCCUCUUUUCCCUUUCCUUUGACACUCUCUUCUCAAUUAUCCAUGAACUUUUCUUUGGUUGUCUUAAGCUUGCCUGAUCACAUUGGUUACCCUGACUGCUCUGUCAUAUUUCUUGCAUCCUAUAUGACCGUGUGCUUCCACCCAGGCUCUGCCCUGAGGCUACUCUCACCAACUCCCAUUCUGAUCUUCUUGGUUCCCAGAAACUUCUCUGGUGCAUACCUCCAACCAGUGCUGUUGUAGGGAUGUACAAAUCCAAAACAGGCAUCCUUUUGUGGUCUGCAUUAGAAAGACAAAACCUAGAUUUUAUUUUGUGUAGGAGACAUUAAUUCUGUUGUAAUAAGAAGGGAUCCCCACUUGAAGGGCUUUAGCUCCCAACUCCAGCUGUGGUGUUUUCACUGAAGCAGGAGUUGCAUAGCUUGUUCUUGCUGUAAAUUGCAUGUAUCUGCUGGGAGGUACUUGAGGAGCUGUCUGACUGUAUGCGUUGUGUUAAACUGGCUCCUCUAUCUGAUACUGGGAUUUGCAAAGUAAUUAUUUAAGAUAUUUCAUAAAUAAAUACCACGGUGCUCUUAGUGAGAGAUGCCAGAGCUGCUUCUGGACAGUGCAGCUUUCUGGAAAGAUAGUUUUUCUAACCCAAAGAAAGUAGCGUUAGGUUCUCAAAAGCAGCUUAUAAUUUGAGUGCUUCCACUUCUGAGUGAGUCAUCAGCAUGACUUAGAGUUCAGGGGCCAUGUAGAGCAUCAUGCUGAGCACUCAAAAUUGUUUAAUACAAAAAAAACACAAAAAAACAAUCUUUAUGCCUUGAUUCUUAAAUCCCAAAUACAGAGAGGAGAACUACCAACAUGCCAAGGAUACCUGGUGAAAAGACAGCCAACUGGCAUAUUAGCUGUGUAUUUUCUGAAACAGGACUCACACUGUUAAGAGGUUUUUUUUUAUUGUCUCUUCCUUUGGUCUCCUUUACCUCAAACAUCCUUUCUCUUUCCUUUCUCUUCAUCCCAUUGUCCUGUGUUUGCAUCUUGAAUUACAGUUAACCUUCCUGUGUCUUCCUCUUGGUCCUGAUUUUGUUCCCUUUAUUGCACUCUUGCACGUGCACAGAAACACAGCAUCCCUCUGCUGAUAAUUCUCUGCCCUACCCUGAAAUUCACACCCUGGAGUGAUGAUCACCCUUCCUUUCACAUAAUUUUUUUACUUGCAUGUUUUAUUGAGAUCCUACCACAGCCUCACUUAGUCCCUCACAUGAGCCAGGCCCUUACCAUGUAACAAAGUGAGCAGGGCUUUAGUGCUGCUGAUUCAAGCUCUGCAAAAUUAAACCUCUCUUUGUCUCUUCCAUUUCUUCCUGCACUGUUUUAGCAGCCCACUUCCAGCCACUGCUCCCCAUCCUCCCUUGUUAGUGAGGCUAGUUGCUGCCUACUCUGCAUCUUACAUGCAGAGGACAGACCUCUGGCCAUGCACUCAUUGAGAGACUGCAGAGACCUGAGUGCCAGCACCCCUGUGCAGAGGUGUAGAUCCAGGAUGAAUACCUGCAGCACAAAUAACUGGAUGUGCUGCGGGUUGAUGGUUAAUUCUUUUGUAACUUGCAUGAAUUGUUACUUAUAGCUGAACCUGACCCACAGCGUUGCUGUUAUGAGCUUUUUAUCCCCUUUAUAGACUUGUGCAGGCUCACACAAGCAUGUGUAUAGGAAAGAUGCUAGCAAACCAACAUAGAAGCUGCUCCUUAGACCUGUGCUGUUUGCAUUUGAUGUUGUCCAGGUGUAAUGUGUGACAUCCCAUUUGUGGAUCCUUGUCCUGACUUCCAGCAUACCCAGGGGCUGCCUAUGCAGAGACAAGCCUGCCAGAAAAUACAGUGGUUUUGCUUUUUAUUAUGCUGACAGAAGUGCACUGUGACUUCAUGUAUGCAAACUUCCUACUUUCACCUCCCAGUCUGCGCUGAGUUCAUUUACCAUCACACUCACCUGGGGCCCAAGUUGGUCUCUGUCUCUACCAGAUUGCAAUAUAGAAAUUCCCCUCCUUUCCAGCAACGAAGGAGCUGCACCCUCUGAAUGCACCUCUUGUUGCCCAGAGCAGGAACGCUUUAAGCUGUUACUGCACUUCUGAAUCCACUCACUGAAGCUGUUCUUAGAUGAGCAUUUGGAGACCUUGUCCAAAGCAAUAUAAAGACUUUGGAUUUUAUUGCUGAAGAGGGAAGACAACCAACUUUCUCAUUCUGGUGCUAGAAUACUCUCCAGUGGUGCUUUCACAGAUGUGAAGCCUUUGCUUGAGUAGUACACAAGAGUAUAUGUGUGUAUGUGUGUGUGUGCAUAUGUAUGACAACAUUUGGAGGGUUUCUUCAUUUUGAAAGAUCUGAACCCACGUUUGUCUUUAUAUUGUUGGCCUUAAUCUAGCUCCUAGAUACUGUGUCUAUCUUGCUGCUGUUUUCUGUAUGAAGCUGGUUUGGAGGAGAGGAAAGAUCAUCUGGUUCCCCUGUAAAAUAUUGUUGACUGGUGAUGCUGAUCUUCAUACAGUGUUGUUUGGGGGUGAAAUUUUAUUUUUCUAAUGUUUUUCCUACUGUAAAAAACUGUUGGAGUGUUUGGAACUGAAAAGAUCGUUAUGAAAUGGACUGUCUGAUAAAGAUUUUAGUGCUACUUAAUAAAAACCACAAUCAAUCUUAAGGUGGAACAUAAAUGAGCUCCAUUUCCAUUCUCUGCCUUCCUCGGAACAUUGUACUUCUUUGGGUGUGGGCUUGUUAGUUAUGUUAUGAGACUUGGCGAAGACUUUUAAUGAUUUUGUUGUUCUGAAUUAGGAAGGAUUUGGAUUCUAGAACCUUGUUCCAGUUCUGCAGCCUGGGUUCGGUUUGGCAGAUGCCAUAGAUGUUAUCCACACACCUAUUUGAUGGGAUGGAUGGAACGAGUUGCUGAUUUCUGAAAGUCAUCACAUCUUUUACCUAAAAGCUUAGACAUGAAGUUGGUCACUGUGGCAAUGUGGUAAAACUUAUUGCUGGCAUCCAUAGGCCAGAUUCACUGGAAUUUUGCCUGUCUGCUCAAGCAACAAAUUCAGCUUGUGAAUGUUUUGUUCUCACUCUCUUCUUGGGUAGUGGGAACAUCUUUAAAUGCUGCUGAACUGCCUGGGUUCCUUUAAACAAGGCAGCUGAAAUGGAGGGCUUGCGUUGCCUGUGGAUGCUGCUAUCUUCUUUUUCUUCCAAGUACCAUUCCAGGAAAUAACUGUGGUCUUAACCUCUAUCACACACAUCUGUUAGAAGGCUACAAAGGGCCAGUUUGGCCAGUGAGAGUUAAAUUUUAUUUAUAUAUAUAUAUACAUACACACACGUGUGUGUAUGUAUAUAUGUACGUGAAUAUAUGCACAUUGCAACAGAGAGUAAUCAUCACUGUUUUGAAUGGAAUUGGUAUCUAGAGAGGGUGUGGAGGACAAUUUUGAGUCCUAAACUUUAUUUCCUGUGACAGAAACGCUGUAUGUCUUGUAUGUGUACUUGUUUGGGGAGCUCUGACACUGUACAGUUUAGUUAAAUUGUACUCCAGGGGGAGAAACUGUUCCUCGGAGGUUUUUAGUUCAUACUUUGUGUUUAAAGAGGAAUAUUUUUCUUUAAAAAAUAAAAAUGGAAAAAAUUUUCACCUUAUA